AUGGAUCGCCGCCCGAACGACGAUACCGCUCCACGCUCCGAGCAGCGCGAGCUUCGGGUAGAGAUUGACGGCAAUGGGUGGAACGGAAUGCCGUCCCCGCGUCGCGUCGCCACAGCUCCCAGCAGUCCGUCUACUGCAUUUCGCACAGAUCGUGAAGCGAUUUUCCGCUCGGGAAACGCGACAGUGCUUGAGACGCAUGUAAUCAAAGCUUAUCGUGUUUUGUCAAGCGAUAUGCCGACGUUGGUUGUGGAAGUGGUGUCCGAGCCUCCAGCAAUCUUUGAAUGGUUUUGUAAUGAUAGGCCAGUACAACAGGAUCGACGUCGGUUUCGGGCUCGUCACGGACUGAACAUCACCACUUUAACGGUGAAAGAACCGGAACAAGGCGUCUAUAAAUGCACAGCUCGUAAUCCAGCUGGAGUUAGUACAAGCUAUGGCUACAUUACUGUCAAUUUCGAGCAUCAGAAUGAUGAUUGGACGAUUGUGGAAAAAUCAAUGGCGACAGAAGAGGGCCAGACUUCGGUCACCAUUCACCGAGCUCCACGAUUCAUUAAUCAGGUGCCGAACUUGACAAUUCAGCCUGGAAGUCAAGCUGUCAUCGAUGUAGAAGUUGAUGCCGUACCGCCUGCAAGAUUUUUAUGGACCGUGAACGGCCGUGAAUACCGUGAAUCAUCGAGUAAUGUGGAAUUCCACUAUCCGUCUCCGAAUCGUUGUGUUGCCAAGUUUGCACUGCCAGUUUCUGGCGAGUACAAAGUAGUUGCAUCAAAUCUUUUCGGUUCAGCGAUGAGCUGUGGAUAUUUGGAAAUUCAUAAAGGUGCGAUUCCUUCCAAACAAAUGCGGCCACCACUCAUCCCUGGCGAGCAUCUGUCACGUAAUAUGAUGACAACUAAUCGUCAUAGUGGAAGUGCUGGACCUGGUGAGCAAGAAACGGUGCAAACCAGUCAGACCGUGGACGUAUACGAAAUGAACUACUCUCAACGUUCAUCCAGUGUUCCACGAGGUGUUCGACAUUUGGAGAGACAUGUUGAGAGACCUCAUCCCUCAACAAGGAAUAUUCCUGUAGAACGUCUUCGCGCUGAACUCGGUUCAAAACUACCAGACCGCCUACCACGAUCACUCUACAAAACGAGAAGCGAAGGCUGUGAUCGUGAUUUGCCCCAUCCGCCUAAAUUCUUCACUACUCUGCCAUCGCAGAUAACAUUGAAACCAAAAGAGAAAUUAGUUUUGUCUGUCGGAGUCUCGGCUAACCCCAGGGCGCAAUUUAUGUGGGACGUGAACGGGUUUGAAGUGAGGUCAACAAAGAAUAUUACGCUGAUGAAUGAACAGAACCGAUCGACGUUAGUAGUGCAACCGCCUGUUAAGCAAGGAAACUACACUGUCACAGCAUUUAAUGAUCAUGGCAAAGAAAGCGUAACGACAAAGGUAGUACAUGAAGUGCAUGAAACUUAUAGCAUUUCAGAAGAGAUCCAGAAGGGGGUCAAAAUAGAGGCGAGCACCAGGUCCGAUAUAGUGGUGGAGUCGUCGGUAACAGUAACAAGUAGGAACGAGGACGAACGAGAAACCUUGAACGGUAUUAGCUCUACUCCGUCGAAGACCUCAGUCAAAGAGACGAGAAAUAUAGAACCCAUUCAUACUGCUGCAGCUCAGGAAAUUCCGAUAACCAAAAAAGAAAUCGAAAAAGUGAGAGAGACGAUCAAUGAAGUAGAAAUGUGGGGGCAGAUGGUGAAUGGGCUAACACCUCGAGCAGAACGUGCUAACGGCUCAUCGACUCAUAAAAUCUCGGAGACCAGUCCUCUGACUAAGUCGGUGUCAAUUUCAAGAUCCCAGGAAAAUAUUCCAAGAAAACCUAUUCUUUUGUCGGCUCCUAGCCAAAACAUACAUGUAGGCAUUGGAGAAACCUUGAACCUGGAAGUGAGAGUCGACUGCACUCCUCCCGCAACCUUUUGUUGGUAUGUGAAUAACUUCGAGGUAAAGAACGGACCAUUAACUUCCAUCUCACAGCCACAUGAGAGUGUAAGCGUUGCUUCAUUUUCAAAACCGGUUACAGGAUAUUACAAGGUAGUAGCUAGCAAUUCGCUUGGUGAAGUGACUGCUAUCACUAAAGUAAUAUCAGAAGUACUUAUGGAAGAGCAAAAGGAACGCACCGUUAUUGCCUCUGUAGAAAAGCCCGGGAUGUUUGCAGUGGGGAAGAAACCAACAAUCAAUAUUCGAGAUGACUUACCCAAACCACCGCGUUUAAUUGAAAAAUUACCAACCAUGUUGAAGAUUAAUUUCACUGAUCCAAUCACAUUCAGAGUUACAGUAGACGCCGUUCCAGAGGCUACAUUCUUAUGGCUACUAAACAAUUUCGAACUGAAGCAAAGCAGUAACGUGCUUAUCAAGAGGAUUGCCGCCAACGUUUCCGAAUUAAGCCUUCAGAUUGGUCAACAUGGAAGAUACGACGUCAUAGCCAAAAAUCCUUUAGGGCAGGAUUCUUGCUCUUGUAAAGUCAUCGUAGAACACCGAUCGGAACCUCACAUUGCUCCGACACCAUUCUUCAUUAAUCCGUUGCUACCCGAAACGUCCACUUACCAUGGAGAAGAAACAAAAUUCGAGGUUCUUGUAUCAGGUACACCACCAUUUAAGUUCACUUGGCUACUGAAUGGAAUGGAAAUUAAAGAUGAAGAGGAGUCCAAGGUUUCUACAGAGGGCAACAGAGCAAUGCUGAUUUUGAGGAAGCCUCUCGAAAAUGGCAACGUUGUUGAAGUGAAUGUCGAGAACGAAAACGGUAGCGCCCGAUCAAAAACGGUUAUUAAACUAGUUUCACAAGUAACUGAUCGAGCGGACGACAAGGUUGUGAUAGACAAAGCUCCAGUUUUUGUGGAGAAAUUGGAAAAUCAGGACAUGGUUGAGGGAGAUACGCUAAAAUGUAGAGUGAAAGUAAAUGAUGAGAGUGGACCUUGUACAUUCGAAUGGUAUGCAAACGAACUUCGAAUCACUUCUGGUGAUCAAGUACUAAUAGAGUCAAGCGGGCACGAGAGUUCACUUCUAAUAAAGAACAUCGGAGAUAUGAAUGAUGUCAAAGUGAGUGCAGUGGCUUAUAAUCAACACGGUACUUCAAUCACUUCAGCAAACCUGAACGUUGCAAAGAGACUAGAUGAGUCGUUUGAAAUGGUUUCAGGGGAUUUGCCGGAGGAAAUAGCGCCAAGAAUAAUCGAACCUCUGCAUUCAGCAUCAUUCAUCCAAGGGCAGCCAAUGCUUCUUCGCUGUCGCAUUGAAGCUGUUCCGUCGGCAGUGAUAAUGUGGCACAAGGACGAUAUUAAUAUCGAAGAGUGGGUUAUCAACAAGGAUGUUGUCACUCGGGUACUUCCUGGUGGGAUUUGCGAGAUGAUGAAUCCAGAAGUUUGUCUUGAAGACACCGGUCUGUACAAAUGCACUGCCACGAAUUCACACGGUACUGCCGAAACAGCGGCAUUUGUCCAUGAUGAAGUGGAACUCCUUUCAAGUGAAAAAUACGAAUUUCAUGAAUUCUCUGAUGGCGCACUGAUUCUGACCGUCUACACGCCAAGCGAAUCUGACAAUGGUGCAUACACCUGCAAAGCAGAAUCUGUUCAUGGUAUGUCCAACAGCAGUUGUGAGGUACUCAUUCCGAAAAAGACCAUCAUCACGGAAAAGAUGACCGAAUCGUCGAAACAAACGACUACAGUGGUUGAAGAACGCCACGAAGUAAUUGAAGAGAACAAAGAGGAUUAUGUGGCCACUACGGAAAUCACGAAACGUGAAGAGGAAUAUAAACUUCUUGUGAAAGUUGCGGACAGCGUAGCGAGUGCACUUGUCGCUAAUGUGUUCGUCACUGCAGUUCAUGAAGCUGUUAAGAGAAUCGAAGAAGAGCUCAGUGCAACAACUAUUCCAAGAUUCGAAUCCUCAAUUGAAAGAUGCGUCGUGAAAGAGAACGAGACUCUCACCAUCACCACAGCCGUAUCGGGAGUUCCUACACCGUUCAUUGAAUGGUACUUCGAGGACGAAAAGCUAUAUGUGACCAACAGAAUCAGUAUGGGAUAUGAGAACAAGGUAGCGACAUUGAUUCUGAAGAAUAUCACCCAAGUCCAGGAAGGGACAUACUACUGUCGUGCUACGAACUCUCACGGUACGACUGUGCUACCGACUCAAGUCAAAGUGAUAACCGAAAAUGCCGGUGAUACGGUCAGAAUAACGCUCGCCAAAUACAACAAGCAAGAUAAACUUGAACAAGUGGUGGCAAACAUCUCCGCUCACCAUAAAGACGAACAGCUGGAAGAAAUCGUCAGAUACACCGAAUCACAAAAAGCCACUGUGUCAGCGAAAUUCCUCUCAACACCGACGAAUAUCAAAAUCGUUCAGUUAACAGAGCGGGCCGUACAAGCCUCACAGCAAGUUGCCCAUGGAGUACAGAAGGCCGUAGAAAGAGUGGAGUUUGUAACCGAGCAGUCAGUAGAACAAGCUGUUCAGACUACCGAACAGGAACACUAUCCUCCGGUUCCACCUCCGCGUAAACGUCUAUCGAAAGAACAGAAGGACGUUUCUGUCGUUGUUCAGAAGGAACCAACCUCUAUAAUGACUGCUGACAGGCGAGAUAUACCAGCUGUAAGUAUUUUCACGGCUUAUUUCUUACUUGCAGUCCUAAUUUAUCUAUCUCGUCAUUUUUAA